AUGGAUCUCGUCCUGCUGGAGAAGGUCCUCCUGGGGCUCUUCGUGGCCAUCACGGUUGCCGUGGUCGUCUCGAAGCUACGAGGGAAGCGGUUCAAGCUGCCACCGGGGCCAAUUCCUGUUCCCGUCUUCGGCAACUGGCUGCAGGUCGGCGAUGACCUGAACCACCGCAAUCUGACGGCCAUGGCACGCCGCUUCGGCGAGAUCUUCCUGCUCCGGAUGGGGCAGCGCAACCUGGUAGUGGCCUCCUCGCCGGAGCUGGCACGCGAGGUCCUGUACACGCAGGGGGUGGAGUUCGGCUCUCGCACCCGCAACGUCGUCUUCGACAUCUUCACCGGCAAGGGCCAGGACAUGGUCUUCACCGUCUACGGGGACCACUGGCGGAAGAUGCGGCGGAUCAUGACCGUGCCCUUCUUCACCAACAAGGUGGUCCAGCAGAACAGACACGGGUGGGAGGACGAGGCCGCACGGGUGGUGGCAGACCUCAAGGCCAACCCCAAGGCGGCGACAGAGGGGGUGGUGCUGCGGCGGCGCCUCCAGCUCAUGAUGUACAACAACAUGUACAGGAUCAUGUUCGACCGCCGCUUCGAGUCGGAGGAGGACCCCCUCUUCCUGAAGCUCAAGGCGCUCAACGGCGAGCGGAGCCGCCUGGCGCAGAGCUUCCAGUAUAACUACGGGGACUUCAUCCCCAUCCUCCGGCCGUUCCUCCGUGGGUACCUGAAGAUGUGCAAGGACGUUAAGGAACGCCGGAUUCAGCUCUUUAAAGACUGCUUCGUGGAAGAGCGCAAGUGGGUAUUCCUGACCCUCAACGCCCGCCGAGUCGACCUUCCGAGUUGCGAUUUCCCUACUCACCGACCGAGUCUGUUUGCCCCGCAGGAAACUCAACCAGACCGGCGGUUCCGACGGUCUCAAGUGCGCCAUCGAUCACAUACUCGAAGCCGAGAAGAAGGGGGAGAUCAACGAGGACAAUGUUCUCUACAUCGUCGAGAACAUCAACGUCGCCGGUGAGCAUCUCUCUCUCUCUCUCUCACUCUCUCCAGCUAUGUUUAUAUAUAUAAAUAUAUUAAAUAUGCACACUGUCCCGGUGUGGUCUUAUCUAGCGAUCGAGACGACCCUCUGGUCGAUCGAGUGGGGCAUAGCGGAGCUGGUGAACCACCCAGAGAUCCAGGAGAAGCUCCGCCGCGAGAUCGAUGCCGUGCUCGGUGCCGGUGUCCAGGUGACGGAACCGGACAUGCCGAAGCUCCCCUACCUGCAGGCCGUCAUCAAGGAGACUCUCCGCCUUCGCAUGGCCAUCCCCCUCCUCGUUCCCCACAUGAACCUCCAUGACGCAAAGCUCGCCGGCUACGACAUCCCCGCCGAGAGCAAGAUCCUGAUCAACGCCUGGUUCCUCGCCAAUAACCCCAACCACUGGAAGAAGCCGGAGGAAUUCCGGCCAGAGCGGUUCCUGGAGGAGGAGGCCAAGGUGGAGGCCAACGGCAACGACUUCCGCUUUCUCCCCUUCGGCGCCGGCCGGCGGAACUGCCCAGGCAUCAUCCUAGCCCUUCCCAUCCUCGGCAUCACCAUUGGCCGCCUGGUGCAGAACUUCGAACUGCUGCCGCCGCCGGGCCAGGACAAGAUCGACACCACCGAGAAAGGUGGCCAGUUCAGCAUGCACAUCCUUACCCACUCCACCAUCGUUGCCAAGCCCCGCGCCCUCUGA